AUGGAUAAGGUUUGGAUGCUUAUCGAAGAUAGAUUGCAUUCCAAUGAAUAUGCUGAAGGUGUUAGACAAUUCCUGGCUAUGGCUCAAGCCCACACACUUGGAUCCAAUCACAUUAGGUGUCCCUGUAGGAGAUGCCGAAAUAGAGCUUUCCACUCUUCUCUGACGGUCGAAGAUCAUUUGUUCAUCAUAGGGAUUGAUCCAACUUAUACGGAAUGGAUAUUCCAUGGAGAAGAUGAUCCCUUCCUAGAUGCUACAUUUUCUGAUGAUGAAGGUGACAAUGCAUCAGCUUACAAUGACUACAUUGAUGAUUUCGACGAGAUGUUAGAUGACAUUCGUCAUGGGUUGUUUAUGGAUAAUUCAACUAGAAAUGAAGAAAAUGCAAACACAAAUGAUCAACCCUCCACCUCUAAUACUCCAGCAAACCUUAAUUUUGAGGAUUUGGUAGCCGACGCACGACGUCCACUUUAUCCUUCAUGUGCUAAGUUCUUAAAGCUAUCAUUUAUAGUCAAGUUGCUUCACAUCAAGAGCAUUGGUGGUUGGACCGUGAAGUCCUUUGACAUGGUUAUAAAGCUUCUGCAAGCUGCAUUUCCCCAUGCUCUAUUCCCUGACUCAUUUAAUGACGCUCAUCGCUUGGAGCAUGACUUAGGCUUUAUUUACAAAAAGAUACAUGUGUGCCCAAAUGAUUGUGCAUUGUUUUGGAAGGAAAAUGCUGAUCAUAAUGAAUGCUCUAAAUGUAAAGCAUCUAGGUGGAUUGUAACUACAAGUAAGCAACAGAGAAUACCACAAAAAGUUCUCCGAUAUUUCCCCCUGAAGCCGCGCUUGCAGAGGCUAUUUAUGUCAAAGAAGACAGCCCAAGCCAUGAGAUGGCAUGUAGAAGCACGUGGUGACGAUCCGACAUGCAUGCGUCAUCUAGCCGAUUCUAAGGUAUGGAAAGAAUUUGAUGAAAAACAUGGUUGGUUUUCCCAAGAUCCUCGCAAUGUUAGACUUGGUUUGGUGAGUGAUGGGUUUAACCCAUUCAAUAACAUGAGCAAACCGUACAGCAUAUGGCCGGUACUACUUGUGCGUUACAACUUGCCCCCUUGGUCAUGUAUGAAAUAUCCAUAUACCAUGUUGUCGUUGCUAAUCACUGGCCCAAAGGCACCAGGAAAUGAUAUUGAUGUUUUCUUGCGCCCUCUUGUCGAUGAGUUGAGUGAGUUAUGGGAAGAGGGUAUUCAUACCUUUGAUGCGUACAAUGGGCAAAUGUUUAGAUUGCAUGCAGCGUUGCUUUGGACUAUCAAUGACUUUCCCGCAUAUGCCAAUCUUUCUGGUUAG